UUUAAUUUUUGAAAAUAGUACUUUCUCAGCCAAAAGUCAUAUUUUUUGGGAUUCUUAUUUCUUACUAGAGAAGGAAACAAUUUCUUUUGCUGAGACUAUUAUUUACAAUUUUUGUUUUACUUUCUUACAAAUUUGUAAAUAACCAUCCUAUCCAUCAAUAAUUUAUUAAUUAAAACUAUACUAAAAAGAAAAAAAAUCUCUAAAACUCAUUUACAAAAAGACUAAUGUCAGUUAUAGCCUAAAAUUAGACGAAUGCGUUGAAAAUUAUGAUAAACCGGAAAUCCCACUCUUACUUUUGAUAAAGCAAAUUACCAAUGAGCCCUGGAAUCACAAAACGACAAAAUAGUACGAGAUUUGCUAACAACUUCGCCGCCAUAAGGGCAAAAUCGUCAAUUCAAUGAGUCCAACCCAAAUCCCCAAUGUCACGUGAUAAUAUCACGGUGAUAUAUAUACCACAAAGGAUAUCAAGAAAAUAAAAUAAAAACUCUCUCCCCUCUCUCUCUCUCUCUCUCUCUCUCUCUCUCUCUCUCUCUCUCCUCCUUUCAUCGUCGUACUAGUCUCUUUGCAGUCAUGGCAAUAACCGUAUACGACGCCCUCACGGAGAGGAAAAAAACCGCCAAGAUCAUCAAUUUUAGCGAUUCCGCCUCCUCUUCCUCCUCUUUAGUCAACCUCUCGUCGACUACUUUCCGUGACAGCAUCAGAUCGCUUCUCAGCGACUACGCCGUGACAGAAGAUUACACUGUCCACGGCAACACCGUCUCUUGUAUCUUCCUCUACAGCGUAGAAACCGGCGCCGUGUUCCCUCUUUUCGCCGUCGAAGAACGAAUCUCCGAAGGCGAUUUAUCUCAUAAUCUUCUCUGCGAUGUUUGUAGAUGCGUCGGUUGGGGUCAUCAUUACGUGACAAAGAGAAAGUAUCAUUUGAUAAUCCCGACGGUUGAUAAAUGGAAGGAGCCAUUGACGAGAGAGACCAUUAAGGCUAGCAAUCAUUUGAUGCAUGGUGUGAUUCACUGCAAUGGCUUUGGUCACUUGCUAUGCAUCAACACUGAUGGUGCUUUUCGUUACUUUUCUGGUGACCAAAUCAUGCACCUUUGGGACCGUCUCUGCUCAACUCUUCACACUAGGAAGAUUUCACUGGAUGAUAUAUCAAGGAAGGGAUCGAUGGAUCUGAGGCUGCUCCAUGGUGUUGCAUAUGGUCGACCCUGGUUUGGGAAAUGGGAUUACAUGUUCUCUCAUGGAAGCUUUGGGAUCAGAAAAGAACAAUACAGUCGAGCUAUUUGCAUUCUUAGCUCCAUGGAAGUUGACAAGAUAAAGGAAGAUUUCUCCGGAACAAGAAAAGAGAGACUGAUGAAGAUGAUCAUCAACUUCUACAGAGAAUCAAGUAAAACCCCAUUGGUCACUCUCUCUGAGUUGCUUCAGUUCAUGCUUGCCUUCGCUUCUAAAGCUCCCGUUGAAAGAACCACUGCAAUGUCACUAGUAACAAUAUCUUCACAUCAUGUUUCAAAUCAAGUUCUUGGAGACGAUGGAGACACUUCGGAUAGCUCUUAUACUUCAUCCCCUGAUGAUCAUGUGGAAUUGGAUGAUGAUGAGAAUGAUUCUGGCGCAGACACUGACCUAGCCGAUCAUGAUACUACAAUGGUGGGCAUGAAUCCCCCAAAGUAUAAUUCGUUUGAUGCUAUGGCCAGGGGAGAAGAUGCUAGAUGGUCUGCAAAGAGGUUGAGUAACGCAGCUCAAGCGGUUCUCAAAGUUUUCAACGAGAGAAACAACAGCGUCAUUACUCGCCAAGAGCUACGUGAAGCUGUUAGAGGCAGCAUUGGUGAUACAGGGUUGAUUGACUUCUUGCUCAAACACAUUGACAAGGUUCUAAUAGGUGACCAAAUAGUUCAGAGGUUCACAAACCCGGAAUCGCGGAUGCUACAAUUCUCACUAAGGAAAAUAACUCCCCCUGCUCUAGAUCGAGAAGCGAAAAAGAGAAGGAAAACUCAAGAAACUGAUGAAUGGAGAUCAACCACUCCUGGACUAGAUCCUUACGAAGACAUUCUCUAUCUCUAUCAGAAUCUCUUUCUGACUUAUCCUGAUACAGAAGUAUACAGUGAUGCCUCUGAAGUUAUCUUGAACUGCAAGGGCUUUGUGAAAGAAUGGCCCUUACCCUCUCACCAGGAACAGGACACUUUAACAGUAAGCUGCCAAGUCUUGCCUAAUCACGAGGAGGUACUCAGAGACUUCACCAGGAAACUACCCCCUGGUGAACUCGUGAUGGUUCCUCAAAACGCAACCAUCAGAGAACUUAAAUCUGCAGCAGAGAAAGCUCUGAGGGACACUUACUUCGUCAUGGAGAAUUUUGAAGUGUUGGAGAUCAAAAAGAAAGACCUUGAGAAGAUUGAUGAGACCACUGGUGUAAAGUCAGAUGGUAAUAAGAUUAUGAUGACAGAGUUUCUGGUGACAGGGUUUGGUCUGGAUACAGGGACAGAGCUAAGGUAUGAAGGCGGGUUUGAUGACUGGACCGUUGAGUGCAGAUGCGGUGCUAGAGAUGAUGACGGCGAGAGAAUGGUGGCUUGUGAUGCUUGCAAGGUUUGGCACCACACUAAGUGCCAUUCCAUAGAAGAUGAUGAAGCUGUGCCUAAGGUGUUUUUAUGUAAUAGGUGUUUUGGAGAUAGCGUGAGAUCCAAGAAACGCAGUGUUGCCAAUCGCUAGCACUUGCAUAGCCAAGUGUUUUGGAGAUCGCUUGCGAUCCAAGAAAUGCGGAGUUUCCCUAAUAUAUUUUAACAUAAACCAUUGAUUAUAUUAAUUAACAUGCAUAGCUGGUGUUUUGGAGAUCGCUAUGAUUGAUCGUACAUUGUUAUGUUGAACGUUUCCAAACCAUUGAUUACUUUAACCAUUGAUCGAUCUUUACUUUGCUGCAUGAGAAAAACAUUGUUAUUUUGCUCCAGACAUUUUAGUAGAAGCUAUAAAUUGUGUGUAUAAACAUAUUAAAUUUCGAUUGUCAAUACAUUAUUUUUUGUAACUAA